GAGCUCGCCUAUGCAAUGGAGGCUCAGUCCCAGUUGACUGAACCUCUAGGUCGGACGCGGAGAUCCAAAUCUCUGCCCCAAAACCAACAGUCGCAUCAACCGCUGGACCUCCCUAUUCAUCCCAACCCCUCCAUUCCCGAACCCAAAUCUCCCUCUCCCUCUUCCUCUCCCCGGGCUGCCGUCCGAGUCUUCUAUAAGAGAAGCAAAAAGCACAAAGCUGACGCCGCUAAUAAUUCUCCUCGCGGAGCCCUAGCUUCGGCAGAUUCGCUUACUGAAUUUCAAAUUGACGGCGGCGAUCAAUCGCAGGGCGGAGUUAUGGUUACCACUGAACCCAAUUCGGUGAUUGAAGCGGCGGAGGCUGAGACCGAGGUGGCCAAGGAUUACGACGAGAUGGUCGAGGUUGAGGUUCGACAAGGGCCAAUUGCGUCGUUCGACUUAAGCAGCAAUGGUAACGCUAGGCGGUUCACCCGAUCGGCAUUAAAAGCUACGGUUGUAGAGGUCGAGAUGGAGGAUAAGGGGAUGGCUAAUGGGGACUCGCAAGGGUUUAAGGACGCCUUGGUUUUGGAGUCAGAAUCUGACGAGAAUGGGACUGUAGAUGUCGUCGGUAAGCUGACGUCCAAAAAGAUUGAAAUCAAAGGGAGGCCUACCACAGUGAGGGAGCUAUUCGAGACAGGUCUGCUUGAAGGAUAUCCGGUUUUCUAUAAUGGUGGCAAGAAGGGUAUACCUCUGCGGGGCACCAUUAAGGACUGGGGGAUUUUGUGUUCUUGUAGUUUGUGCAAGGGAGUAACAGUAGUACCGCCCUGUAAAUUUGAAAUCCAUGCGUGUAGAUCGUAUAGACGCGCAACACAGUACAUCUGCCUUGAGAACGGGAAAAGCCUCCUUGAUGUGGUGAAGGAGUGCAGGAGAUCUUCUUUGAAGGGAGUGGAGGAAAUAAUCCAAAGCAUCAUAGGUCCGCUGCCUGUGAAGGAGUCUAUAAGUUGUCAGAAUUGCAAGAGGCUGUUUCUUGCAACUUCUGCUGCUAAGGUGGAUCAGCUCUGUGAUUCCUGCAUCAUAUCUAUAAGAUCGGUAGACAGUAGGAUGCACACUCCAUAUGAGAGAAUCAGGAAAUCAGAUCCAGUUGUGAGAUUAAAAGCGUCUGAAAGUGUUGGUGGGCAAACUGCUUCUCCAAGUAAUCGGCGAGGGAGGAAAAAGAGAAAGUUCUCAGAAAUGGCUACUGAGAAGAAGACAUCACCUAAGUCUUCUGGAUACGUAUCAUCCAAAAAGAACUGCCAGUUGAAGAUAACUAAGAAGUUAACUAAUCCUACUUCUGGGAGGAAGUCAAUUGGAAGUGCUGCAAUGGGCAACUCAUUAGAAACUGAAACUGAGGCAAAGAUCUUAAAAAGCUCAUUGAGCCCGGCUGAAUCUCCGAAAUCCUCUAGAAGUGCUUUGGCAUUUGUCUCUCCGCAAUCCAAGAGCCAAUGGAAGAUAACCAAAAAAGAUCAAAGGAUGCAUAGGCUGGUUUUUGAGGAAGGUGGAUUGCCUGACGGAGCUGUACUAAGUUAUUAUUCCCGAGGACAGGAACUACUCACAGGCUAUAAAAAAGGACUAGGAAUUGUCUGUAAUUGCUGCAAGUUUGAGGUCAGUCCAUCAACAUUUGAAGCUCAUGCUGGUUGGGCAUCGAGGAAAAAACCCUAUGGAUACAUUUACACAUCUAAUGGAGUAUCUCUUCAUGAGCUUGCGGUAAAGUUGCUGAGAGGUCGCAAGUGUACUGCUAGUGACAAUGAUGAUUUAUGCACCAUCUGUGCUGAUGGUGGAAAGCUUGUACUUUGUGAUGGAUGCCCAAGGGCAUUUCAUAAAGCGUGUGCUUCCUUGCCAUCAAUUCCUCGUGGUAAAUGGUUCUGCAACUAUUGCCAGAACAUGUUUCAGAGGGAGAGAUUUGUGGAGCACAAUGCCAACGCUGUAGCAGCUGGAAGGAUUCCUGGAAUUGACCCCAUAGAACAGAUUACAAACCGCUGCAUUCGCAUUGUCAAAAACCCAGAAGAUGCUGAAGUUAUUGCAUGCGUGAUAUGCAGAGGUUAUGAUUUCAGCAAGUCUGGUUUUGGUCCUCGUACUGUCAUACUAUGUGAUCAGUGUGAGAAGGAAUAUCAUGUUGGCUGCUUGAAGAAACAGAAGAUGGCGGAUUUAAAGGAAUUACCCAAAGGGAAAUGGUUCUGUUCUGGGGAUUGCAAGAGGAUCUAUUUGGCAUUAACUAACUUGGUAAGUUCUGGAUCAGAGAAAAUACCAGAGUCUUGUUUGGAUGUCAUAAGGAAGAAGCACAUGCUAGAUGGCUCUGAUGUCACUACUGCUUUUGAUGUGAGUUGGAGGCUUCUCAAUGCCAAAAAUGUCAAUCGGGAAACUAAACCAUUACUGUCUGACGCUGUUGGAAUUUUUCAUGAUUGCUUUGACCCUAUUGUUGACUCAGUAACUGGGCGUGACUUUAUUCCAUCUAUGGUUUAUGGAAGGAACAUUCGGGGCCAUGAUUUUAGCGGAAUGUACUGUGCAAUAUUGACAGUCAACUCAAAGGUUGUCUCAGCUGCGAUCUUCCGGAUUUUCGGGCAGGAUAUAGCAGAACUCCCUCUAGUUGCAACUAAAAGUUGCCAUCAAGGCAAGGGAUACUUUCAACUACUGUUUUCCUGUAUCGAGAAAUUGAUGGCAUUUCUGAAGAUCAGAAGUUUAGUGCUUCCAGCUGCUGAUGAAGCAGAAUCAAUAUGGACUGAAAAGUUUGGUUUUAAAAAGAUUUCACAUGAUCAGCUUGUUAAUUACAAGAAGACCUGUUGGCAAAUGAUGAGUUUCAAAGGGACUUCUAUGCUGGAAAAAAUGGUUCCCAAAUGCCGGAUCAAGCAUCAAGAUGGUCAAGCUAAUACCGUUUCUGAUGUUCCCAUACAUUGAUUCAUCAAAAUGGAUCAUCUUCAGCAUUUGACAGAGCUUGUACUGCAGAUAAGAUGCAGCAGGAGUUGAAAUAUGUGCUUGUUUGGGCUUCGGUAACUGGGAUAGACUGAAAAUGGUUGGAUUUUUGAAUCGUAGUAAAUUGAUUUUUAGCAAAGACCAGCUGGUGGGAAUAUUUUUCCCUGCAUGGAGUGGAAUUUUGUUGCUUGUAGAUAAUUUAGAUAAUAGAGAAGGAAAAGAACUCAGCCGCAGUUCCUCCAUGCCAAUUGUGUCCCCUCAGCUCUGAUAAUUGAUUUAUUUUUUUCUCUGCUGGUGGGAUUGGCGGAAGCAUGACUUUCUAACUAGGAUCGUGCAUGUGUAUAAGCUUUAUUGCGUUGCCUAGUAGUAUUAUGUAAAGGUAAUUGAUUAAUACU